AUGAGCGUCCGAAUGCUUAGAGAGGAGGUAAAAACCGAUUUUGGGAUUAAUGUGAGUAUGAGUCAGUGUAGGAGAGCCAAUAAGUAUGCAUUGAGUCUAGUUGAAGGGACAAUAGCUGAGAAUUAUGCAAGAUUAUGGUCAUAUGGGGAGGAGAUUAGAAGAUCAAAUCCUGGAUCCACAGUUAAAAUUUGUGUUGAUUCAAUGCCUGAUGGGGAGUUGCUUUGUGCUGUGGGUAGAGAUGCUAAGAAUGGAAUAUUCUCGAUUGCUUGGGCAGUUGUUUCUGUGGAAAACAAAGACAAAUUGGAAAUGGGUUUGAUUGCGGCAGUAAAGGAAGUAUUUCUAGCAGCUGAACAUAGACAGUGUGCUAGACAUAUCUAUGCGAAUUUUAGAAAGAGAUUUAGUGGAUCCAAAUGCCCGGAAGAAAGCAAUAAUAAGCAUGUUAGAGGACAUUCAUAUAUAUGUGAUGCAAAGGAUGGUGACUAUGAAAUUAACCGGACAAAGAUGGAAUGGUUAUUCUGCAUUGGCAUGUCAUUUCUUGUGGGGGGGAUGAAGUUUGAGGCAAGGAAAAUGGACGAGGCGUUUACUAUGGAUGUUGAAGAAAAGGAAUGCAGCUGCAGGCUAUGGCAACUUAAUGGAUAUGCCUGCCCAAUCCAUGGGAUGAAUGGAAAAAAUAUGUGGCCAUCUACUGACUUGAUACCCCAUUUGCCUCCAUUGAAAAGACAUAUGCCAGGUAGGCCAACCAUAAAGAGAAGAAGAGACGCUUCUGAACGGAUGGGAAAUCAUACCGUCUCCAUGGCAGGGAAGAAAGUUUCUUGUAGCAUAUCCAAGGAGAAAGGACACAACAAGGCUACUUGUAGUAAAGGUGUAGGGACAUCCAAACAAAAUGGAACAAAGAAACAAAAAACUAUACCUACAUAG